AUGUUUAAAGCUAAAAUGAUAGAAAAUGAAAAAGAAUUUAAAUGUUAACACAAACAUGGCUAACCAAUACUUUUGGUUGUACUUGAUCCAAAACUAGACAAGAAACAAAGACUUUUAUGCAAUAAAUGCAUGGAAAACUUUGAAUCAGAUGCAAAAACUAUAGGAUUUUAAAAAUUAAUCAACAUUAUUGAGGAUAUUAUUGAUCAAAAUAUGAACAGCUUAGAAAAUAUUGUUUAGAAGACAGUUCAAUAAUUAUCAAUUUGUAUCAAAAGUAUAUAAGAAUUAAAGACAUAAUUGAUGAAAUUAUUUGAUUCUAUGAUUAUCAUAGCUCAAGAUUGGACUCAAAAUCUAUUGGCAUAAAGUUAAUAAUUCAACUAAUACAGUUUAUAUGAUGAAUUAGAUUGCUUUAUUAAGAAUUAGAAUAUUAAUUAUAUAUCUAAUAUAAAACUUAUCAAUAAUAUUAAUAUAUUUUGGAAGACGAAACUAUCUAAUAACUUAAAUUAAUAUAUUCAAGAUAAAGAUAAACUUAACUUUAAAUAGAUAAAGGAAAAAUUUAUUAACAUUGGUUGUUCAAGUUUGUCACAAAAUAGUGAAAUCAAAUUAAAUUUAAUUGAUUAAUCUGUUAAAUAAAAUGUGUAAUGUAAAGCAAUAGUUUUUGAUUCUUCUGGGUCUAUUAUGGUAUCAACCGAAUACAAUGAUAUUAAAGUAUGGAGCUUUCUAAAUGGAACAAUAAAAUUGAUUAAAACAUUGUAAGGACAUAAUAGUUCGAUUUAAUGUUUAGUUUAUAGUAAGAAAUAGAAUUUCCUUAUUUCAAGUGCAGGAGACAAGACAAUAAGAUGCUGGAAACAAUUGGAUAAAAUAGAUUGGAGUAGUUCAAAACCUUAUUAAUAACAUACAAAUAUUGUAGGAUGUAUUAUAUUAAAUUCAAAUGAGGAUUUACUAUUUUCUGGAAGUUUUGAUAAAUCAAUUAAAGUAUGGAAGGUUGAUUUUAAUAAAAAUAUAUUGACAUACAUGUAUUCAUUGGAUAAACAUGAAAAUAAAGUUAAUGCAUUAAGUUUAAAUUAAUCAGAAACAUAAUUAGUAUCAUGUGCAGAUAGUAAGAAUUAAAUUAUAAUUUGGGAAAGAAAAGAAUAAGAUAAGUUUGAAUUCAAACAUUUUGUUAUAAUGGAUGAAAUUUAUAAAAAAAAAAUAAAGGUAUUUUUAUUGAUUAAUUCAAUUUUAGUUAUCAUCUAUACAUAGUCAAUUUAAGAAGAAGGACUUAAGGUUAAAUUUAUUAAAGAUAAUUAAUUUAUUUGGAUAACUGGUGGUAAAGAAAUAGAUAAACUCUAUGUAUUUGAAUUAAAAGAAGGAGUCUUUUAAGAAAAUUAGGAGAAGACAAUUCAAUUAAUUAUAAAUAAUUAGAAAGUUGAUGAAUAUCGUUUUCCAAUAAUUUACAAUAAGGAGAGGAAUUUAAUUGUAGUAAGACAUAAAACCUAUAUUUAUAUCAUUAGAGAAAUAAAUAAUGGUAAGUUCAAAAUAGUUGAGUAAUUGAAUUGCGAAACAAAAGCUAUUUAAGGAACUAUUACAAAAAAUGGAUAAUAUUUGGUCUUUUGGGAUGAAAAAACUCAAGGAUAUUCAAUAUAUGAAUUAUUAAAUAAAUGA